AUGCUGCGGGUCCCUGUAGCCAGGGGUGACCCCACGGCAAUGCUGCGGGUCCCUGUAGCCGGGGGUGACCCCACGGCAACGCUGCGGGUCCCUGUAGCCAGGGGGGACCCCACGGCAAUGCUGCGGGGCCCGAACAAGAUCGUGGACCGGUGCGAGCGGCUCCAGCUGCAGAGCGCUGCCAUCGCCCGGCACGUGGACGAGGUGCUGCCUGCCAAGGACCAGGCCGUCCUGAACGCAGCCACCGCGGCGCGGGAGCUGGUAAUCCAGAGGCUGAUCUUCGUGGGGAACGCGUGUGAAAAUGAAGAACAGCGGCUGCUGGAGAAGGUGCACGCGGAGGAGGAGCGGGCGCACCAGAGCAUCCUGACCCAGCAGGUGCACUGGACGGAGGCUUUGCAGAAGCUGGCUGCCCUCCGAACCUACCUGGUGGACAUGAUCACCAACCUGGACGACCAGGGCCUGGUGCGUGCAGAACAGGAGAUCUUCGAGAGGACAGAGGUGGCGGAAGGAAUCUUAGAGCCACAGGAGUCCCUGAAGUUAAACUUUAAUCAGACCUGCGUUCAGAGUCCACUGCUCCAUCGACUCUGGGCCUCUGCUGUUCUCUGCUGCAUCGCAGGCUCACAGGAGAUUCACAUCGAUGAGAAAACUGUCAGCCCCCACCUCAGCCUGUCAGAAGACAGGAAAACCUUGACCUUCAGCUCCAAAAAAGCAAAGGUGGAGUUGGACUGCCCCGAGCGAUUUGACCACUGGCCCAACGCCUUGGCCACUGUGGCUUUCCACUCGGGAGUCUGUGCGUGGAAGAUCAGCGUGGAGAAGAGCUGCGCCUACAAGCUGGGGGUUUGCUACAGCUCUGUGCCGCGGAAGGGGUCCGGCAACGAAGUCCGCCUGGGCUUCAACGCCGCCUCCUGGGUCUUCUCACGCUAUGACAAGGAGUUCAGGUUCCUGCACGCCGGCCACCCGCGGGCGGUGGAGCUGAUCAAGUCUCCGGCCGAGAUCGGGGUGCUGGUGGACUUUGCGGGAGGGGAGGUGCUCUUUUACGACCCCGAUUCCUGCGCCAUCCUCUUCUCCCACAGGGAGACCUUCGCGGAGCCCCUCUAUCCUGUCUUCGCUGUGGCGCACCAGAGCAUCUCGCUUGUCCAGUGA